CUUCGCCCGGGCACGGCCUCGGCAGCUCGCCCACUCUUUGCUCCUUGCCGGGUGUCGCCCUGCACAAUGGAGCGCGGUGGCUCGGAGCGGCGCGCGCCGGUGCCACGUCCCUGAGCCGAAGCCCCUGCGGGCGGAGACUAAACCGAUUGCGGGUCUGCUGCCGUAUACACGUCUUAACUUCCAUCAGAACAGAAUUGCCUCUGAGCAGUGGCCUUACAUCAGAAUCAUGGCUACGGAUUGGCUGGGCAGUAUUGUGUCCAUCAACUGUGGAGAUAGCUUGGGAGUCUAUCAGGGACGAGUGUCCGCGGUGGACCAGGUCAGCCAGACCAUUUCUCUCACCCGGCCUUUCCACAAUGGAGUGAAGUGCCUCGUGCCGGAAGUCACCUUCAGGGCAGGUGACAUUACGGAAUUAAAAAUUCUGGAGAUACCAGGUCCUGGAGAAAACCAGCAUUUUGGAGACCUUCAUCAGACAGAAUUAGGCCCAUCUGGUGUUGGGUACCAAGUGGGUAUCAGCCAGAAUGGCAUGGGCAAGCUGGUGAAGAAGCCAGCCUCUUCCAGCAGUGCUCCUCAGAAUAUCCCUAAGAGGACAGAUGUGAAGAGUCAGGAUGUUGCCAUUUCUCCACAGCAGCAGCAGUGCUCAAAGAGCUAUGUGGACAGGCACACGGAAUCCUUGAGUCAAUCCAAAAGUUUCCGCCGUCGGCACAACUCUUGGUCAUCUAGUAGCAGACACCCAAAUCAGGCAACUCCAAAGAAAAGUGGCUUAAAGAAUGGCCAAAUGAAGAAUAAAGAUGACGAGUGCUUCGGGGAUGAUAUCGAAGAGAUCCCAGAUACAGAUUUUGAUUUUGAAGGGAACCUGGCCCUUUUUGAUAAGGCAGCUGUGUUUGAGGAGAUUGAUACCUAUGAAAGGAGAAGUGGUACCCGUUCCCGGGGCAUCCCAAAUGAAAGACCAACUCGGUACCGCCAUGAUGAGAACAUCUUGGAGUCGGAGCCCAUUGUCUAUCGGCGGAUCACAGUGCCCCACAAUGUGAGCAAGGAGUUCUGCACAGACUCUGGCCUGGUUGUCCCAAGUGUUUCCUACGAACUGCAUAAAAAGCUGUUGUCUGUGGCUGAGAAGCACGGGUUGACUCUGGAGCGGAGACUGGAGAUGACAGGAGUGUGUGCCAGUCAGAUGGCCCUGACCCUGCUUGGAGGACCCAACAGGUUGAACCCCAAAAAUGUUCACCAGAGGCCCACGGUGGCCCUGCUGUGUGGCCCCCAUGUGAAAGGGGCCCAGGGGAUCAGCUGUGGAAGGCACCUGGCCAACCAUGAUGUCCAGGUCAUCCUCUUCCUGCCCAACUUUGUCAAGAUGCUGGAGUCCAUCACCAUCGAGCUGUCUCUCUUCAGCAAGACCCAAGGCCAACAAGUAUCUAACCUCAAAGAUCUGCCCACUAGCCCUGUGGAUCUAGUGAUCAACUGCCUGGACUGCCCCGAGAAUGCCUUCCUGCGGGACCAGCCCUGGUACAAGGCAGCUGUGGCCUGGGCCAACCGGAACCGGGCGCCAGUGCUCAGCAUAGACCCUCCCGUGCAUGAAGGUGAACAGGGCAUCGACGCCAAGUGGUCACUGGCCCUGGGCCUGCCUCUGCCACUGGGGGAGCGUGCAGGCCGCAUCUACUUGUGUGACAUCGGCCUCCCCCAGCAGGUGUUCCAGGAGGUGGGCAUCAGCUACCACUCCCCCUUUGGCUGCAAGUUUGUCAUUCCAUUGCACUCGGCCUAGAGGAGCUCUGGGCGAAUUAGACCCUGCGGUCCCCUGCUGCUCCGGACACACUGAACUUGACAACGAACGCCUUAAGGAUGUGAAGCUUCAUGGACCUUGUUAAAUUUUUUCGCUUUUGGAUUUGUUACUUCUGUGAGAGAACAGAUCCUAUUUAAAAAUGACCUGUCACCUGCCUGUAGCCAGGGCAGGUGUGUGGGUGUGCUGGGUGGGCAGCAGGCUGAGUGGUUCUAGGCAUCUCGACCCUUGGCCCCCUGCGUGGCUGGAUGGGGCUUUGUUUACAGACUUAGGCAGCUCACUCACGGACUGUGUUUCAGGUUUACAGUCACUGGGGCCUGAGCAAGCACCUUGCGGGGUGGUGCGGGUCCUGUUUGGGGCCCUGUACUUGCUUUGGCUCCAUGUCCCCUGCUUCUGCACCCCCCCUUCUGAUCAUGUCAAACUGGCUGUGCUGCAGCUGCCCGCUAGAGGGCAGACUCGCACUCUGUUCCUGGUGAGGGCUUGGAGGUGGCCUUCCCAGAGUCCUGCCGCAAGUUGAUUUAGGAGCUGAUUUGGAGGCUUUUUGACCCUUUCUCCUGAGCUGAUGCAAGUUUUAUGCUGGGAUUUUUUUCAAGGGUCUUUCUUCCUUUCCACUCCAUCACGCUGAGAGGCAGGAAAGGGGGUGGCAUCAGGAUGGUUUUACUGUAUUGGGAUUUUAUACUGUUUUUGUUUUCUGCAUACGUAGUAUGAGGUUAUGUUACUGUAGAACCACAGUGCCCAUCUUGCCAGCAGUGCCCCCCCAGCCCCAUACCCUCUCUAGCUGGGGCCAGAGCCCUCAGGGUGCAGCUUUAAUGUUCAGUAUUGGGGAGGUCCCUGGGGGAGCCUGGUGCUGAGCCAGAAGAGGCUCCCUGGUGCUUCUGUGUCUUAGGCCACCACUACCUUGCCCCUACCUCCUUGCCUGCACGUAUACCCCCCUUUCUUCUGCCCCCAUUUCCCCCCUGAAAUGGUCCUCUGCAGCUAUUGUCCCAGAGCAGGACACAAGUCUCUCCCAUCUAGGCUCUGAACCCUUUAUGAUUGUCCACUCUAGAUGAGUAGGCUUGGGGCCAGCGCCCUCUCAAAGAUGCCAAAAUGAGGCUAGUUCUAGAUGAGCUAGCUGGUGGGUCUCAGCCAUAGGAACACACUGCUGCUCAGAUCCUAAGGCAGGAAAGCCCUUGGACCUCACAUGAUUAGGCCUUGGAGGCUGGUUUCAGAACACGAGCCAUACCCUAGAGUACCUGCCAGGGGCCCUUGCAAAAAGCUCAUGCUCUAAAGCCAUUUUCAGGGCUUCAGGCUUCUGCUUUCUGCCCACUCACUCUGGUUAAGGGGGUGAGUGGGAGGGCUCGCCAAGGAAUAUGGACACAGGGUAGGCCCUGGUACCAUGGAUUGUUGCAGGCUACUUCCCACUUCUCAUAGGAGCAUAGCCAGGAGCAGAUGAGGCAGGGCAGAGGGCUGGUCCCUCUUUUCCUCCCAUUCUUCCUCAAAUGUUAAUUGUCUCCAGCAGUGGGAGGCAGCCAGAGACUGUGAGCCUUGUGUGUAUCCUCCCUGAACCUCUGCUCACUCUCAGGGCCAAGAAGCUCCAAGAUGGAGCCCUUUCUGUAGAGGCAGGGCCACAGUCUGAGGAGCAGUGCUGGGUUACGGGCAUUUUCAGUAAGCAGCCAGUAGACUGUGGGUGCCUGCCUGUUGGUAAGCGUCCCUGCGCUGGGUACAGCAGAAGAGGAGCCUGAGGAGCCUGGCCCAGCGGACUCUGCGCGCUGCAGUGGGUAAGUUGCAGCAGCCCUGGGAGCGAGGGCCUGGUCAGGGGCCACGGGGAGCUUGUUCCUGGGCCUGUCUUCCUGCGGGAGGCUCUGGAGCCUUCUCCUGCCCCCAGCCUGGGCCUUUCCUGGUGGUCUUAAAGAUCAGCAUGGUUCCUCUGCCUUCAGCUUUUUUCAGAGGCGUCCUAUCCUGUACCCCAGUCCCCAUCCAGGUGGUCAGGACUACCACUCAUGCAGCUCUUGGGGAACCAAAAACCAGCACUUAAAAUAAAGCUGAAUGACGGAG